CGGAACCCUCCAAUGUGCGUGUGCGCAUGCGCUUGGCUCUAUUUUAGCGCGAAAAUAUUUCGAAAGCUUUGGCCGGGGAUUAGUCACCCAAACGUAACCCUCGAGAAAGGUCGGAGGAUCUCAUAAUUCAUGUUGAACGAUGGAUUCAAAUACUCAACACUCCAUUCUUCGAGGUUUUUCAGUCACAACUCCACAUGCUUGUAUGGUCGUCCCUCCUUCCCCGUUACCGUGUUUCGGCGGUGAACUCUGUGAGGAGAGGUUUCCGCGAACCUAGGAGCGAAGGAACGGGCGUGGAAGAGCCAGUCACGGUUUCAAAGCAAGAGUGAUGCGCUGUCUGUGUUUGCAAAGAUAACCCUGGGAGCGACAUGAAGGAAUAAAUCUGAGGGGCCAAGGAAAAAAAAAGUUCUUUUGUUUUGUUUUUGUUUUUUACUGGAGAGCCAGAGAGGUUGUGAGUGAGAAUGAAGGAUGUGGGGGACACCUGUGCAAGCAUUGGAUUUUGUCCUGCAGCAUCUGAAAGGUACCACCCAACACCUGAAGUGCUCUCGCCCAGUGAGUCCCCUUGUCUCUACCACCACACCUCAGCCAGAAUGAAAUGUGGAUUUCAUAGAGUGAAAUGGUGGAACUGAACCACCAAGUCACUUAGACGUACCACUGGUGCAUUACAAAAGAAGCAGGCUCUGAGCCAAGGGGAAGGCAGAGGACAGAGAUGAAUGUGUUCCCAAGCUUCCCUGGUGGUUUAUGGCAUUCUCCAAACUCCUCUGCAAGGGCUGCUCCUGACCAAGAAGACCCAAGGAGACCAUCUCUGAAAUCAAGUCCGGAUGAAGAACUAAGAGGGAAAAAAUGAACAUGGUUUUUGCUCACAGAAUGGAUAACAGCAAGCUGCCUUUGGUUAUUCCUACACUUCUGGUGCCCCUCCAAAACCACAGCGGCACGGAAACGGUCACCCCUCUGCUGAGCCAUGACCUGACGGAACUUCCCGAGGAGCACGGCUGGAUGAGCAACAGAACAGGCCUGCAGUAUGGACCGAAACUCGGGGAAGUGGCCGCAGCCAGCAUUUUCUUUGGGGCCUUGUGGUUGUUUUCUGUCUUUGGCAAUUCCCUGGUUUGUUUGGUCAUCCAUCGGAGUAGGAGGACUCAGUCCACCACCAACUACUUUGUGGUCUCCCUGGCAUGUGCCGACCUCCUCGUCAGCGUGGCCAGCACGCCUUUUGUCCUGCUUCAGUUCACCACCGGCCGGUGGACGCUCGGCAGCGCCCUGUGCAAGGCUGUGCGGUAUUUUCAGUAUCUCACCCCGGGCGUCCAGAUCUAUGUCCUCCUCUCCAUCUGCAUAGACCGGUUCUACACCAUCGUCUAUCCUCUGAGCUUCAAGGUGUCCAGAGAAAAAGCCAAGAAGAUGAUUGCAGCAUCAUGGAUCUUUGAUGCGGCUUUUGUGACCCCCGUGUUCUUCUUCUACGGCUCCGACUGGGACAAUCACUGUAACUACUUCCUCCCUUCCUCUUGGGAAGGAACUGCCUACACUGUCAUCCACUUCUUGGCAAGCUUUGUGAUUCCCUCUGUCCUCAUAAUCUUAUUUUACCAGAAGGUCAUAAAAUACAUUUGGAGAAUAGGCACUGAUGGCCGAACAGUGAGGAGGACAAUGAACAUUGUCCCAAGGACAAAAGUGAAAACGAUCAAGAUGUUCCUCAUUUUAAAUCUAUUGUUUUUGCUCUCCUGGCUGCCUUUUCACGUAGCUCAGCUGUGGCAUCCCCAUGAACAGGACCAUAAGAAAAGUUCCCUUGUUUUCACAGCUAUCACAUGGAUAUCCUUUAGUUCCUCAGCCUCUAAGCCUGCUCUCUAUUCAAUUUAUAAUGCCAACUUUAGGAGAGGAAUGAAAGAGACUUUUUGCAUGUCCUCGAUGAAAUGUUACCGAAGCAAUGCCUAUACUAUCACAACCAGUUCAAGGAUGGCCAAAAAAAACUAUGUUGGCAUCUCAGAAAUCCCUCCCAUGGCCAAAACUAUAACCAAAGACUCCAUCUAUGAUUCAUUUGACAGAGAAGCCAAGGAAAAAAAGCUUGCUUGGCCCAUUAAUUCGAAUCCACCAAAUACUUUUGUUUAAUUUCUCAGAAUUCUUUCAAUCCUUGUUAUGCACCAGAGAUUAAAAAAUUUAACUAUAAAAACAGAAGCUAUUUAUAUAUUUUUUCAAUCAACUUUCUGAGGGAAAUGUUUUAUUUUGUAAAAAAAAUCACUGACUAUUGAUUUUAGUUUCUGUGUUUUUUUAUUUUAGUUGCUUUUUGUUUUAGGGAAAGCUUUCACCUUGAGCUUAUAGUCAACAGUCCUUUUACUAUAUUAGUUAUGUGCAUU